AUGGCUUCCAUUACUAAUUCUCAUCUUAUAUUAUUGUUUAUAAUCUCUUCUACUUUUAUUGUUUUUACGUUAGCAUUAGAUUUUUCAGAUGUUCCAGCAGAAGCACCAGAUGGCUUUUUACCUUUAGCCAAAAAGCAUGUUGUAAUUCGCAAUACUGUAGAGAAUGGAGAAGGGUUGAAUAUACAUUGCAAAUCCAGUGAGGAUGAUUUGGGACAUAUCCAUCUUAAACAUGGGCAUACUUGGGAUUUCAGGUUUCAUGUUAACAUGUCAAAAUCUACAAAAUUUCGUUGCCAUUUUUGGUGGUAUGCAGGCGGUAAUGAUUUUUUCAAUUACUGGUUUGAUAUAUUUAAAAUAUCUAGAGAUGACAAACCAUCAGGAAAAUAUCCUGUUUGCAAAGAAUGCAUUUGGGAGUUAAACCGAUACGGUUUUGAAGGCUAUAUUUGUCGUAUAAAUCGUGAUAAAUCAGAUCUUUGGUGUUUCUCGAUGGACGAUAAACCUUAA